GGACGUGAAAGCAGCGCCGAGGACGCACAGGUGAAGGACUGGAUGAGCUGCACGCACAGUUGGAUGCAGAGUUCCACACCACCACUCGCUCAGUGAGGUGGCUGCAGACAGGAUUCCUUAGCUUCUCAAAGUGACAUGUUACGGCUGUCUAGUCUAGAGUAACACCCCAGCCACACGGAGACGACAACAUGAAGGUCACAGCCCUACUCAGCCUUUGCUUGUGUAUGAUCUUAGGCAGCCUGGGGAAGCCACUGUUCCCUGAGCAAGAGAAGGAUCCUAAGUUUUGGAAUGAAUGGGCCCAGGAGACGCUGAAGAACGCUCUGAAGCUGCAACCGCUCAAUAACAAAGCAAAGAAUCUGAUCCUCUUCCUUGGAGAUGGAAUGGGCAUCCCCACAGUGACGGCUGCUCGAAUACUGAAGGGUCAGCUGAACGGACAGAUGGGAGAAGAGACGCAGCUGGAGAUGGACAAGUUCCCUUUUGUAUCUUUGGCCAAGACAUACAACACUAAUGCACAAGUGGCAGACAGUGCUGGCACUGCCACAGCAUUCCUGUGCGGUGUCAAGGCCAAUGAGGGCACAGUGGGCGUGAGCGCAGCUGCUGUCCGAUUCCAGUGUAACACUACAAAAGGCAAUGAGGUCACCUCCAUCCUCAGAUGGGCUAAGGACACAGGCAAGUCUGUGGGAAUAGUGACUACGACGCGUGUGAACCAUGCCACUCCCAGUGCUGCUUACGCCCAUUCUGUGAACAGAGACUGGUACUCUGACAAUGAGAUGCCAGCUGAAGCACUGCAGGACGGCUGCAAGGAUAUCGCCAGACAACUCUUCGAAAACAUUCCCAACAUUGAUGUGAUUAUGGGUGGAGGAAGGAAAUUUAUGUUUCCCAAAAACACAUCGGAUGUAGAGUACCCCAAAAUUGGAAAGCACAACGGCACACGGAAUGACGGGAGAAACCUGGUGCAGGAGUGGACUGACAGAAUGAAAGACAAAAAAGGCCAUUACGUAUGGAAUAAAAAGCAGCUCUUAUCGCUGAACCCUGACAAAGUGGACUACUUACUGGGUCUCUUUGAACCUUUAGAUAUGACAUAUGAUUUGGAGAGGAACACAGAGACUGAUCCUUCGCUGACAGAGAUGGUGGAGGUGGCCAUCAAGAUCCUGAGGAAGAACCCCAGUGGAUUUUACCUGCUUGUAGAAGGAGGACGUAUUGACCAUGGACACCAUGAGGGUAAGGCUAAGCAAGCUCUGCAUGAGGCUGUGGAAUUGGACCGGGCAGUCAGUCGUGCAGAUCUCCUGACCAGUAUCCAUGAUACACUGACUGUAGUUACUGCUGACCACUCUCACACGUUCAGCUUCGGAGGCUACACACCCAGAGGAAACCCAAUUUUUGGUCUGUCACCUUUUUUGAGUGAUAUUGAUCAGAAGCCCUACACCGCCAUCUUAUAUGGGAACGGACCAGGUUACAAAAUUGUCAACGGUGUGAGGGAGAACGUCUCUACUAUUGACUACAAGGAAAACAACUACCUGGCCCAGGCAGCUGUACCUCUGUCCUCUGAGACUCAUGGAGGUGAGGAUGUGGCUGUGUUUGCCAAAGGUCCCCUGGCUCACCUGUUUCAUGGGGUCCAUGAGCAGCACUAUAUCCCUCAUGUAAUGGCAUAUGCAGCCUGUAUUGGCCAGAACAGGGAACACUGUUCGUCACGGGCCAGUUCUGCUGGUUUACACCCCGUCCUCUCUAGCAUCGCAGCCCUUCUCACAGUCACCCGACUUCUGUGUUGACCUUUCCGCAGCUGUCCUCAUCCUGUUAAUACCACUGUUGAAACCUGUCAUACAUUUUUGUUGUUUUCUUAAUUUCACUCUUUACUACUAUUAUUUUGAUCAUGUCGCUGUACUACCAUGAUAUCAUAAUUAAUGGACAAAAGUAUUAAGCUUGAUUUAUGGCUCUGCGUACCUAGCCUAAUGUGCACCUCUACAGAAAUGAAACUGCAUGUCGCGCCACACUCGUCCCCCUCGUUCUGCCUCAGGUGGUUCAAUGGUCGUACAGACCAUCGACCUCUUCCCUCUUAUCUGUGUUGCCCUAAUUUCAGUAAAAAUAACUGCUGUUCAGCAUCUGUUAGUUUUAACUCGAGCAUGACUAGCUCAGUUUCAGUCACCAUUGUGAGUAAGUGGCAAAGAAACCCCACCGCAAACUAAUGUUUUGGUGGUGUAAUUUCAGGGCAACACACACACCAGGUACAAGUCGGCCUAUACAUGCUCACAACGGCGUAGCGGCCUACGGCGUCGACUCUACGCAGAUUCAGUGCAGAACUGUUAAUAAAGCUAAAGGAUGUCAAUUUAUUUUAUAAGGAUUUUCAGUUUAUUUAGAUAAAUAUGUAAAACAUUAAAACAUAGUCAGUUAUCCCUGAUGCACUGAAGCAAAGAAUAGUGUUGCAGAAAUCACUAAAAUUUUAGAGAGCUAUUGUGAUUUGUGUAGUUUUCACAUUUUAGGGUGUAUUAAACUUUUGUUAAAUGUGAACCCUGUAGAUUUAAACUGAUGGAUUGGCUUUGCAAAGGACCAGAGGUGGAAAGUAACUAGGUACACUUACUCAAGUACUGUACUUAUUUACAAUUUUGAGGUAUCUGUACA